GGAACAUUGCAAGACAAGCCUCCAGGACAGCAUCCGAAAUUACCAUAUAAUAAUACAACAAACAUGAGACCUCCAAUACAAGGGGCAAGGUUGCCCGAUCAACUACGUCAAUCUCAAAUGGCAAAAUCUCAAUAUUCUCAAUAUCCGCAAAUGCCUACAGAUAAUUUUGCCUGGAAUUCUAAUGGGAAGUCUUUCAGCAUGGAUCCCAGAUUUCAAGGAUAUCAAUAUGAAGACGAAUAUUAUGGAGAUUACAAUAAUCCAUAUGGAUAUAAUCAAAAUCCCGAUUAUUGGCUAAAUGAAGGAAAUUCAUAUUCAUUCUAUCCUCCAUAUUUCGAUCCAUAUUAUUAUCCAAAUCAGGAAUUCCUACCAAAUCCAGCAUUAUAUCACAAUUUCCCACAAAUGUAUUCUGACUGGAAUGCACCAUCACCUCAAUUUCCUAAUGUCUCUCCUCCUUUUGGUAGCAUGGGUGCUAAUGUAAAUAUGGGUCGUGGCGGGGGACCUAUACCUUUUAGAGGCCGUGGUAGUCCCACCAACAAUUUUGGAAAUUUCAGCGGUGCAACUCGUCCUAUUAAUCGUAGAGGGCGCAACCGCGUUAGAGGCUAUCAAACGUUUAGUGACCGUCCAUUUGAUCCUGGAUUUGCAGGCAGUGAGAAACGUAAAGAAAAUGAGGAAUUAAUAUCAUAUAAUCGAAGAGAAGGGCAAGAGGUAACAACAAUUUAUCGUCAAGAAGGAAUUAAAGAUGAGCAAGUUGAUGAUUUCGGUCGUGAUAUUGCUAGAAGAAUGUCAUCUACAUCGAGGCCUAUGAGCAGGAAUGAAACCAGCAUUCCAAAAUCUCCUUCUCACUAUUCAGAUCUGGAUAGACGACGUGAUGAAUCAAGAGGAGAAAGUAAAGAAAAAAGGAGCUGUGAAAGAUCGUCACACAGAAGUUCACGCCAUUCUCGUCACCAUUCAGCAAGGCGGUCGCCGAGCAGGCAUGGACGCUUACCAAACGAGCGGAGAAGAUCACGUUCACAUUCACAUUCACGACGUCGAAGUCCUAAUUAUAACUCGGAUCAAUAUCACAGAGAUGAUCGACGUCCACAUAGAACUAGUGAUAACCAAGAAUCCUACUAUAAUAGGCUUGAUAAUGACUUGUUAGUGGUCCCUAGUGAUAUUGUUGAAAAACAAGAUAAUUCAAAUAAAAGCCGCCGAUCACGAUCAGCAUCACCUCGAAUGCAAAUGGAUGAUCGUGUUCCACAAAUAGAUAAUGAUAGACGAGAACCAUCGAUUCAAAUUGAGGAAGAAUUAGAUGUUGAUCAACGUCGGGCUCGUUCACCAACACCAAGACCAUUGACUGGUAUGUCAAUUGAACAUGAAUCUAAGGAAGAAAUUGAACGUAAAGUGGAAACUGUCGUAAAUCUAAGAGAAUCGCAGUCCCCUGAAGAAGACGUGUCAUCUGUUCGUGGUG